CCAUUCGUUCUGUGUCGCAGUCUCGGUGGUGUAUACCCUCUAUCCAAAUCCAGCAGGAGAAAACUGCCUCGUAAACAAACGACACCCCCUCGCUGAGCAGUGCAAAUAGAAAAUAAAACAAUGUGGAUUAUGUGAUUCACAUUGCUGUACGCGGAAAGAAUCCUUUUGUUUGCAUGGAUUAAGUCUCCUGUAGGCCACGCUGGCUGGAAAUCCAUUCACCUCAUUUUUUGACUUGAGUUUUUUCUCUCUGUGCGACUAGUUUAUUGUUGUAAGUGAGCUUAGAGACGACACGUCGUGAAACCGUGAAUUCUACUUCAGUGAGGACCAGUACAUCUAGCUACAUGUAGUAUUUCCUAAAAGUAAAUUCAAACUUGUUUUUCAGAUAGAUUUCAAAUUAUGGUUGAAAUUCAAUAAGUCACAAAAACUAAAGAAAAUUCAUUCUUUGUUCUUACAUUCGGCUACAGUCGUGUCGAAUGAUAAUGACGAGAAAUGAAUAGGAAUCAAGAAGAGCGAGAGUCUUCGCAAACCAUAUGGUAUGAAUGUAAAAAACAGACCAGUGAUACAGUGAACCUAUAAAACGUAGACAAACCGUUUCGUUGCACUGUAAUAAUGCAUUAUGCUGGUGGCCUUGCAAUCAUUCUGCUGGCUUAUCGUUCACUCGUGUCUACUGAAUAGGGUGCAAAGGAAUCGCGCGUCGAGAAAUACAGCAAAACGCCUUUGAGACUUUCAACGAAACUAUGUUCAACUGUUGCGGUAGACGCUAUGACUACCGUCCCAUCGAUCUUGCGUUCCAACCGAGUGGCUUCGGCGUUCGCCAUGUGCAAACCCUGCUGCUGUUCUUCGGCCUCACUGUUGCCUAUGCCCUUCGGGUGAACCUCUCGGUGGCCAUCGUGGCCAUGGUCGACAAAAGUUCGAAAAGCGAUUUCGACCACUUCGACUGGAACGAGCAAACCAAAUCUGUGAUUCUCAGUAGCUUCUUCUGGGGUUACGUCGUGACGCAGAUUCCGGCCGGGCAGCUGGCCCAACGAGUCGGUGCUAAGGUUCUGUUGCUUUUUUCGCUGGGAAUCUGUUCGACGCUGGCCGUCCUGACGCCGCUGUUUGCCCACCUCGGAGAUGAUAAGCUUGUGAUAACUCUACGGAUAGUACAAGGGCUUAGUCAAGGUUUCAUUUUCCCAUCGACGCACACGCUACUAUCGAAAUGGGCUCCAGUGUCGGAGCGAGGCCGUCUUGGGACGUAUUGUUAUGCGGGUGCCCAAUUUGGAACGGUGAUCAUGUUGGCCAGUAGUGGUUUCCUGGCAUCGUCAUCCAUUGGGUGGCCUGGAAUCUUUUACGUAUCCGGGGCAGCUGGCAUUGCAUGGACCGUUGCGUGGUUCUUCUUUGGUGGAAACUCUCCGGUUGAGCAUGGAUCGAUAUCCGCCGAAGAGAGAGACUUCAUUGAAAGUUCACUCGGAAAUCAAGAUCACAGCAAGAAAAUUAUCACACCAUGGAAGGCUAUCUUCACUUCGGCACCGAUGAUUGCCCUGACAAUCGCACAUUGCAGCCACAACUGGGGCUUCUGGACGCUGCUCACUGAAAUGCCAACAUUCAUGAAGAACGUUCUCGAUUUAGACAUCAAGAGUAACGCUCUGCUGUCCAGUUUGCCGUAUCUGGUCAUGUGGGUGCUCAGCAUGGUCUUCUCGCCGAUUUCCGACUUUCUCAUCAACAGGCAGUACCUUUCUCGUGUGACAAGUAGAAAACUAUUCAACACGAUCGGUCUCUGGAUUCCUAUGGGAGCUCUGUUGGGAUUGGCAUUCGUGCCGAAAGGAGAAAUAGACUUGGCAGUUGCUCUGCUGACUAUGGCCGUUGGAAUCAACUCGGCAACCUAUCUGGGCUUCCAGGUGAACCAUAUCGAUCUGGCACCCAAUCAUGCUGGUACAAUGAUGGGUAUCACCAACUGUGCGGCCAACAUCAUGUCUAUCAUCGCUCCGCUGCUGGUGGGACUUGUUCUGCAAGAUGCCACGGAUCCGGUUCAGUGGCGAACAGUGUUCUACAUAGCAGCUGGCAUCUAUUUCUUCGGAAAUCUUGUGUUCAUAGUACUGGGUAAGGCCGACAUCCAACCAUGGAAUGAACCACGGCCAGAUAAGAAAGAUGAUGACAAUGAAGCCGCUAUGCCAAAUAAUCAAAAUACCACCGAACGAGCCGACUAUGUGGACUAAGCUAGUCGAAGGCGUACGAAAGGAGAGGGACUUCCUUCACUAUUGAUAUGAAUACUUAGUCUAGUCCAAAGCUGAUACACUAUACAUCAAACCAUAAAAUGAAACGAGAAGUCUAUAUAGAAAAGAACCGAUCAUCAUAUCGAAGAAAUGAUACAAAUCGAGUGCUCUUAAAUUACAGUUGUAAGGACAAAUUCAGGGAAGCGUAGGUUUCCUGCUAGAAGCUUCCAAUGUUAUUUGUGAAUUUUAGUCGUAAGGUACAAACGUUCCCAGCAACAGAUUAUAAGAUAGAAAGAAACAAAAAAAACUUCAGCAAGGCUGCAUUGACUGAACUAAAUGCAUUCCACCUUGGAGCAUAUUAUGAAGAAUUAAGAAGAGAUACCUAUAUUUUUGUGAUUGUUACUAAUAAAAGUGGAUAUUCGAAAAAAAAAA